UUAAAAAAUAAUAAAAUUAAUUCCUAUUAUCAAUGUAUCUUUGUGAAUUUUAUCAAACUUAAAAGGAUCUACAUGUACUUAAGCCAAAUUUAGGAGUAUUGGUGUACUUUACCCUCAAAGAAAAUAACCUGUUGCUCGAGUUCGUGGUUUUAUGGGUUUAGGGAUAUCUGGAAAAUAGGGUUUUGGCCAAGGAUGUGUCAACCGCGAACUGUCACAAGGUUCAACUUCCGCUGCCAUUCAGAGUUAGUUCUCUCACUCUCUCAAAUAUUUCCAGCAACCCUGUUCAGUUUCUCUCUCCAGAAAGCAAACAAAGCAUCCAUGGAAGUUGUUGCUCUUAUUAGAUACUCUUUCUCUAAAAAUGCUUUGAAGCUGUAAAUUAAUCUGAAGACGGAAUAUUUUGUCGACGUAUACCGAUUUUCUCAUGGCCCGGCCCUGGCCUAAGUCGAACAAGGCGGUCGCCUUGGGUCUUAGAUUUUAGAGAGGCCCAUAGGGGAUGGAAAAAAUAAAAAAUAAAAAAAAGUUAGGGCAAGUUUCAGACGACACAAUCUACCUCGACACUCCGCAAGGCGCAGCUCCGCCAUCGCCUAAGGUGACAAGGACCUUACAUUUGAAAGUUCUUAUGGCCUCUCAAAAUAUUUGGAAUCUCAUGGCCGGCCCUGGAUUUUCCAUGUGGGUUUCUACUACCAGGUUGGUAUGUUCUAGCAAAUUGAUCAAAUUUUCUCAAUUUAUUCGAUUUAAAUCAGAUUCAGCGCUUGCCCAGUUGAGUCCUUACUUGUCAGACUCAGUUUCUGAUGAACAAACUGUAUGCACCCAAAACCAUAGUUCUUUAGGUUAUCACAUAGCGGAAUUAGAUUCAUCUAGGGUUAUUGAUAUUCUGAACAAUUUAAGAAGAGAACCUAGUCUUGCAUUUUCAUUUUUUCGUGAAUUGAAGGAAAAUGGGUUUCGGCAUACCGUUGGAACUUACAUGAUGAUUAUUAGGAUACUAUGUUAUUGGGGUUUGGAUAUGAGGUUGGAUUCGAUUUGGUUGGAGGUUAUUGGUUCGGAAGAAGAGGAUUUGGGUUUCAACGUUUUGGCUUUGUUUGAAGCAGUUGUGGAGGGGCUUAAGGCCGAGGGGCCCAAUAAGUUGGUUCGAGCAUUCGAUGCAUUGGUUAAGGCUUAUGUUAGUCUUGGCAUGUUUGAUGAGGCCAUUGAUACUUUGUUUAGAACAAGAAGGCGUGGAUUCAUACCGCAUAUAAUGACAUGUAAUUUUCUUAUGAAUAGGUUGAUUGUGAGUGGUAAAGUGGAUAUGUCUGUGGCCAUUUAUCAACAAAUGAAGAGGCUGGGUUUGAGUCCUAAUGUCUACACCUAUGGUAUUGUGAUUAAGGCACUUUGUAGGAAAGGCGAUCUAGAAGAAGCUGUUGACAUCUUUCAGGAGAUGGAGGAAGCUGGAGUAACCCCCAAUAUCUUUACUUAUGCGGCUUAUAUUGAAGGGCUUUGUACACAUCGGAGGUCUGACUUGGGGUAUCAAGUGCUCCAAGCAUGGAGUGAGGUAAAUGUGCCAAUCGAUGUAUAUGCUUAUACUGCUGUGAUUCGUGGGUUUGUCAAGGAGUUGAAAUUGGAAAAAGCGGAGAGUGUCUUAUUUGAUAUGGAAAAACAGGGGCUGGUCCCAGAUGCAUACUGUUACACUGAAUUAGUUCGAGGAUACUGUAAGAUCGGGAAUAUAAUUAAAGCUCUGGCUAUCCAUAAUGAAAUGGAGUCAAAGGGUAUCAAAACCAACUACGUGAUCAUUAGCCCAAUCCUUCAAUGUUUGUGUCAAAUGGGUUUGGCUGCAGAGGCAGUAGACCAAUUCAAUAACUUUAAGGACUUGGGGAUUUUCCUUGAUGAAGUCUGUUACAAUAUUGUGGUCGAUGCUUUCUGCAAAUUGGGGAGAAUGGAAGAAGCAUUGAGGAUGCUUGCUGAGAUGAAGGGUAGGAACAUGGUUCCAGAUAUUGUGCAUUACACAACUUUGAUGAAUGGAUACUGUCUUCAUGGAAAACUUGCUGAUGCGUUGGAUUUAUUUGAGGAAAUGAAAGAAAUGGGUUUAAAACCUGAUAUUGUUUCUUACAAUGUUCUUGCUGGUGGGUUUGCUAGAAAUGGCCUUGCACGAGAAGCACUUUACCUUCUUAAAAAUAUGGAGGCAGAAGGCUUGAAACCCAGCACUGUUACACACAACAUCAUCAUUGAAGGCUUAUGCAAAGGGGGCAAGGUGAAGGAAGCUGAGAUGUUUUUCAAUAGUUUGGAAGAAAAAUGUUUUGACAAUUAUGCUGCAAUGGUUAAUGGAUAUUGUGAAGCAGACUACACAAGAGAGGCCUAUGAAAUUUUUAAGAGGCUUUCUAGGCAAGGAAUCAUAAUGAAAAAGAGUUCUUGUUUAAAACUUCUGACAAAUUUAUGUAUGGAAGGUGAAAAUGACAAAGCCCUUUUGCUAUUUGAGGCAGUGUUGUCUUCAGAUGAUGCCCCUUGUAAUAUAAUGUACAGUAAGCUUAUAUCUUCUCUUUGUCGGGCCAGAGAUAUGAUAAAGGCUCAGCGGGUCUUUGAUACUAUGGUUGGGAGAGGGUUGACUCCUGAUGUCAUUACCUACACAAUGAUGAUAAAUGGUUAUUGCAGAGAGAAUUGUUUGCGGGAAGCCCGUGAUCUUUUCAAUGAUAUGAGGGAGAGGGGUAUUAAACCUGAUGUUAUCACUUACACGGUUUUGCUUGAUGGCCAUUUUAAAGUAAAUUUGAAAAGGGCUAGAUCCCGUCCAAAUGCAGAAGGGAAAAAGGAAGUAAUAAAGGACAUUUUGACUUUUCGGAAUGAAAUGAAGGAUGCGGAACUAAAAUCUGAUGUUAUUUGUUACACAGUUUUGAUUGACAGUUUCUGUAAAUCAGAUAACCUUCAGGAUGCUAUUGGCCUCUUUGACGAAAUGAUUGAUAGAGGUCUAGAACCUGAUACAGUGACGUACACAGCUCUCAUUUGCGGUUAUUGCAGCCAAGGAGACGUGGAUAUAGCUGUAACCCUUGUUGAUGAGAUGUCUUCUAAGGGUAUACAGCCGGAUACAUGUACCAUGACAGUAUUGCACGAUGGUAUUUUAAAGGCCAAGAAAGUGCGGUUUCGGCAUUAAGGAUUGUAGUGAUUCUCACAGGGUAGAUGAACCCAAAUCUGCAUAUUAGUGCCAUCAAACAUAUUUUCAGUGAACAAUGGCCUUUGAUGUAGCUGCAGGCCUGAAGAAAUAGAAAAGUGUCGUGGCCCAUGCAGUGAGACACUUGGAAGUUGUUUAUUUGAAGGAAAACUUCCUUCGUGAGCUUUAUGCAGUGCUUCCUACAGAUUUUCUCAGUUCUCAGGCAUGACAACUUAUCACGCAGUCAACAAUUUGAAGUAACAUCGGUUAAUGGCCUCCUGACCCUUGAUCCGUGGUUAUGUUGAAGUUACCCUGAUAUCCCUAUGGCAAGCACAGUCUGCAUUGUGCUCCUUUUGAUGCUUGAAGAUGGAGCUGCCAGUAGUUAUCUUAGACAGAUCUUCAUAAAAUCAU